AUGCCCGGUAGUAUUGAUGAGGAAAACACCCCGAAACCGGCUAUCGAUUCCUUGCUGCCAAAAAUCUGGCCAACUGAAGGACACAUACAAUUCAAAUGCCUGUCUUUGAGGUAUGUGGAAAAUGAUCCUCCAGUCCUCAAUGAUGUCAACUUUGUAAUUCAACCAGGAGAGAAGAUUGGUAUCGUAGGUCGAACCGGAGCUGGAAAAUCUUCACUUAUCACUGCUCUAUUUCGACUUGCCCCUAUUGAAGGAUCGAUUUUCAUUGAUGGCGUCGAUACUAAAACUAUUGGGCUCAUUGAACUCAGAAAAAAUAUUUCCAUAAUACCUCAAGAACCAGUACUGUUUUCUGAAUCUCUGAGAUAUAACUUGGAUCCAUUUGGAGAAUUUGAAGACGAUGAACUGUGGAAAGCCUUAGACGAAGUGGAGCUCAGAGAGGCAGUAUCAUCUCUGGAUUUCAUGUUUGGUGAAGGAGGAAACAAUUUCAGUCUGGGGCAGAAACAGCUCAUUUGCCUAGCUCGAGCCAUCUUAAGGAAUAACAAGAUUCUUGUGUUGGAUGAAGCCACUGCUAAUGUAGAUGAAAGAACUGAUUCUUUCAUACAAGCAACAAUUAGAAAAAAGUUCAAGGAUUGUACCGUUCUUACCAUCGCUCACAGAUUGAAUACCAUAAUGGAUUCUGAUAAAGUAAUUGUCAUGAGCUUCGGUCAUGUACUGGAAUUCGAUCAUCCCCAUAAUCUUCUUCAAAUACCACAUGGGCACUUCCAUAAAAUGUUACUCGAAACGGGUCCUUCGGUUACAUCGAGACUGAAACAAAUAGCGGAAGAAGCAUAUGCCAAUAAACAAGUUGAUUCCUAAGUGAAAUAUACUUUUUAAUAUUUGUAUGUGAUGACUUGUAUAUAUAUUAGGUUUUUCUUAAUUAUACAACACAACAAAAAAA